GUCGACAAACCAUAUGCCGACUCUCUUGUUCACUGUGGCUCCUUCUGGGGCUGCAUACUUUCACGAUCUUCUCACCUGCCUGGCAAAGUUCGACGAGGAUGUUUCCCUCGAGGCGACACCUCAGUUUCUUCGAUUUUCCAGUCUGAAUAUCUCCAAAACAGCUCAUGCUGCAUUUACCCUCAGCUCGGCCUUCUUCGACAAAUACCAUUUUUCUCCGGGUCCGCCGACUGAAUCGGGCCCUGCGCUGCCGAAGCAAUGGUCCUGCAAGCUUCAAAUUCGGGCUCUCCUGUCCAUUUUCAAGCGCCGCCUGGGCGACCAGCGGGACAAGGACACUGCCCUUGAGACUUGCGACUGCGAGCUCCAGGAUAACCCGGACCAAGCAGAAUGCCGGCUGGUGUUCCGUUUAAAUUGCCGGCAGGGCGUUGUCAAGACGUAUCGCCUGUUCUACGAGUCCGGCGAAAUCCUCCAUGCGGCGUUCGACAAGAUUGGUUCUCCUAAUUACUGGUCCAUAUCAUCGCGGACACUGCGGGAUAUAGUCGAAUACUUCGGUCCCAAAACGGACCAGCUGGAUUGGUAUUUUCAGAAUGGAAAAGUGACUUUCACCAGCUACACAGAGAAGAUUCAAGCUGGAAGAGAAAUCCUCAAGCAGCCCAUGCACACCUCUGUGGCCCUCGAGCGAAAAGAUUUCAGCGACUUCAAUGUCCAAGAAGGGUUACAUAUCGGCACUGUGGUCAAAGACUUCCGAGCGAUCGUAGCCCAUGCCGAGACCAUGCAUUCUCAAGUGACCGCAAGAUAUUCGCGAGGCAAUCGGCCCUUGCAGUUCAGUUACGGAGAGAAUGGACUCCAAGCAGAGUUCACACUCAUGACGAGAGGUUCUGCAAAUGUCCCAACUAGUACAUCGACCGCAGCAACGCCAGCUCGGGAUCUCUCCAUGCGCCCUUCAUCGCGCCCUUCAUCGCGCCCUCCUGAAGCAGCAAACCCAGCCUCACAAACCUCGGCUCUGAAUGCUCGACCCCCGCGAAGCGCAAAUGCCAGUAUGCCGCCUCCAGCGCGCAGUUCCUUACCCAGUCGAGAUCAGCCUACACAGUCAACAUCUGCUCAAGCAGAUUCGGAAAAUCCUGCUCCCUCGCACGCUGCAGCACCAACGCCUUCCAUAAGCAUCGAUCCACACAGCCUCUUCAUUCCCGCCGAUGACGACGACCACCAAUGGGACGAACCCAACUUUGAUGAAGAGCCCGACAUUGUGAAGUGGGAUGAAUCCGCGGACAACGCGGCGUCGGCAUCGAACUCGACGCGGCGGAUUCGUGAUUCCGAAUUCCAUUCUUUCGCCUCGAUAACGGAGCAAGAGCAGCACGAUCGGACGUCGAAUCUGACAAGGUCACGGUUUCCAGUUGAGAUUGCUCCGACGCAGCGACUGUCGCAGGUGAAGGGGAUUUUCGACUGACCGAAAGCGCCUGUUGAGACUCACCCGCCUUUCAUCCCGCAAACUACGAAACUCGUGGCACAACCAGCCGCCACGUUCUUCGUAACAAUUUCCUGACCAAGUGUUGGCAAAGAAAUCAGGUUGUAUCGGUCGACCACAUUUCCUCUCUGAUCCAGCGUCUCACCGCAGUUGCCAUGUUCGCCCCAGCCCCAAGCAAUGACUUGGUUGUCCCUGGUCAGGGCGACACAGUGUUCACUCCCCGCCGCCACAGUUCUCACAGGUGGGAGGCUAGCUGGAGGAAGCUGGCCGUGGUCAUUUCUGCCUGCACCCUGCAACGACUGUUCAGACCGUGUUCGCGACAGGAUGUGAAUCGAACUCCAACCAGAAGCGACCACGUCGUCUUCUUCCACGAUCAACUGAAAGUCGUUCUUGUCGAAAAACCUUGCAUCUCCCCAGAUGGCUGGCUUCCACCCCGUCUUGACGAAGACGGUAUACUCUCUACCGAGCACCGCUCUCUCCGGUACCCAAGGCAGUAACUCCUCUCCGUCGACCCCUGAACCAAUGUUUCUGGGACACCACAGGAUUUUCUCCGUCUUGAGCUGUUCUCCAAGCUGGCCUUUGCGACAAGUUCCCCACCCGUAGACCCUUCCAUCCGAGAGAAAGACAACAACAUGCGCCAUAGAGCCCACAAUGUCAACGAUCUCGACAAUUUCGCCACUACUGGAAGCUGAGUCAACCUCAAAUAUCUUCUUGACUUGCCCACCCGUAGAAGUGAUAUUAGGCCCUAGGCCGAGUUCGCCUUUGAUACCGAUUCCCCAUCCGACGAUGAUCUUAGAAUCUACGACCGCGAAGGAAGCUUCCCAUGACGCCGCAAUGUCGGUUACGACCCUGUCCACUCCGAUGUUCCUUUCCGAGAUCGCCACCGUGGAAACACGAUGGGUGAUCUCUUCAAACACCACACUGGAUUUAGACUCGAUCUCUCCAGCCAGGUCGUCGUAGGCCAUGCCGGUCUUUCCGGCAACGAAGAGACGUCCAUCCGUCGUGAGGAGGAGGGUAUGGUUCCCUCCGGCGACAAUCUUCUUGACAUCACACCCUUGUCCCGGAGUGCUUUGUCGAGCCGAGCGACUGCUGCUGUCGGGGUUUCGACCGCCGUUGGACACAUCUGACCUCGCGCGAGUGCGAGUGUGGAACAGGCACCUCUCGGGCUGCGACACGUCUUCCGCGUGGCCGAUCCCUAACUGCCCGGACCCGUUGGAGCCAAACGCAUACACGACCGGCAUCGACGCCGAGGCGAGUGAGUGCGGGUCCGCCAUCUAUCUCCCAGCUAGAUUUGUUCGCAAGGGGGCGUACUCAUGGGGAAAUUCUCACGACUCACUCAUCGACGUUUUACAUUUCAGGGAUGCCAGACAGUCUGACUCGUGUAAAGGCACAUUAGGAAAGACAGCCAGAUCACUUUUUGCCGUACGUGGAAAAUAUUGCUGGAUUUCUGAAGGAUGACAUCCCUAGAAUGUUGGAAAACGGGUCGAGAGGUUUAGAGGAGGAUGAUGCGGUGUCACAGUCUUGGCGUUGGGCAACCAAAGGACGAGUAAAGACGCGAUUUGGAGUCGAGCAUCGACCGAGUCUAUCUAUAUGCGGCUCACCUUGGCCGUGCCGCCUUUAUAACCCAGUCAGCCUCCCUCUCACCGUGGCACUCACCAUUCCUCCCAGAACUAUCCCAGCGACUCCAACGCCAGUGAAGAUCCAGGAUCAGCUGAACAAUCACCUUCGAUCUCAAUCGUGCCCCUGUGUUUACCUUGGGAGGCUUGUGAUUGGUUUCGCUUUCAAUCGGUGCGCUUGACACGCUCUGCCCUGUUGCCUC